AUGAAAAAAAUAAACAUAAACAAUUAUUUGAAAAAUACAAAAUUGCUUAAAUAUCAUGUAAAGAUAAAAGAAACGAUAAUAGGCAAAAUACCAUACUUAUGUAGAUAUUAUAAUGGAUAUAAUAGGAAAGAAAAUAAUAACUUAAAUUUAUUACAUGAACAUAUUUUUUAUGAUGGAUCAGGAAAAGGAAAACCAAAAGUUAGUAAUAAAAAAAGUAAAGAUGAUCAAUUAAUUUUAAAAAGUAAAAUUAUAAAUUUAAUUAAUGGUGUAAAAAAUGUAGAUGAUAAAAUUGAAAGUAUCAAAAAUGAUAGAAAUAAUAAAUUAGUUUGUCAAAAUUUUGUUGAUAUAAUUUUUAUUUUACAAAAAAAUGUAGAUGUUUUAUUUGGUCUAAAGGAAAAAUAUGUUAUUGGUUUUAUUUGGUCUUUUUCGAAAAUCAUAAAUUAUUUUGAAAAAACAACAUAUAUAGAAAGGAAUGUUAUUCUUAAUUUUAAAUAUCUAUUUAUUCAUAUAGUUAAUCUAAUUAUAAAGCAAGGCAAUAUAUUAUCUAAAAAAAAUAACGACAUAGAUAUAAGACAAUUCCUUUUUUCAAUUUUAUCCAUCAAAUUUGACGACACUAAUAUUAAAGAUAUACAACAUUUUAAGUUUCUUAAUUAUAAUCAUUUUUAUAAUUAUAUUCGUUAUAUUGUAAAUUUAGAUUAUGCAAAUAAAUCAGGGCAAGAUCAAAUAUAUAUUAAUGAUUCUAUCCCAUUUAAAUUGUUAGAAAAUGAAAAAGAGAGCAGUAUAUCGAUAGAAGCUCACGUUCAACAUUCCACUAAUAAAUUUAUCAAAAAAAAUAUAAAUUUUUCCACCAAAAAACAAAAUGAAUAUAAUAAUCCAAAUAUGAUGCAACAUUCUAUGUCAAGUAAUCUCCUUUACAUUUUUGAAUGUAAUAUAUUCAAAACCAAUUUUUUAAAUGUACAAAAAUUUAUAAUAAACAAAUUAAAUGAAAUACCUUUAGAUAUUAAAAUAAUUAUAAAUUUUUUUGAAUUAUGCCAAAAAAAUAUGUGUGUAGAAAUAAAAAAAUCUUUUAAUCAUAUACUAUUAAAUAAAUUUAAAGAACAAAAUUAUAUUUCAAAUUUUUCUAUUUUUGAAUUAUGUAGAUAUAUAAAUAUAUUAGUCAAUUAUAAUGUUCAGAUUUUUAAUAAUAAUGUUAUACCCUUUAUAAUUAGUACAAUUAUGUAUGAUCAAAUAUAUUUUGUAAAUAAUCAAGUGUGUAACUAUAACUUAAUCUUGUUAGGUAAUAAUGUAUCAUUAUAUGAUAACAAUUCUAUAAACCAGCAUAUGAAAAAUAAAAAAUAUGAGCAUUUAUCUGAGAUUAAUUCAAAUAGUUAUUCAAAAUGGAAUACAUGGCUUUAUGAUGGAACAAAAAGAGACAUAUCUUCCUUAAUUCGAGAUUUUUCAAGAAUGAAAAUUAUUAACAAAAAUUUAUAUUACUUUUUAAUUGAAUGUUUUUUUUUUAAAAUAAAUUAUACUAAAAACAUAGAUACAAAUAUAAAUUCAUAUGGGGCUGAACAAAUAUAUAUACACAAUAAGACCAAACAAAAUUGCAUAAACAACUUAAGCGAUAAAAAGGGUAACCAUAUUGCAUAUUCCCAUUUUAGCGGAAAAAAUAAUAAUAUCGAUAAUAAUAUUGAUAAUAAUAUUAAUUAUAAUGCUAAUAAAAAAAGCGACCAUUCUUAUCAUACAGAGGAUUGUAACCAUCGAAAUGGAGAGAAAUAUGAAAUGAAGACAUUCGAAGAAACGCAAAGAAACGACAAUUUACUUAUCUCCAAUUUUAAAAAAGAAAAAGGAAACAAAAAAAUAUAUGUUCCCAAUUUAAAUGAUUCAAAUGAAAAAAAAAAUAACAUAUUUUAUUCACCAAAUAUAUGCACAUUUAAUAUAAAUCAUGAUAUGAGAAAUGCUGUUGAUAUUUUAAUAAGUUUAGCAAAUGUUAAUUAUUAUUAUGAUAAAUUUAUUGACUUUUUUAUAUACGAAAUUAUUAAAAAGGAAAAAAAUAAUUUUUUUUUUUUUAAUACAAAAAAUAUGUCAAAUGUCAUUUUGGUUGUUAGGAGUUUACUUAUUUUAGGUUAUAAUGAUUUAACGAUUUUCGAUACUUUACUUAAUUUUAUUAUAGAAAAUAAUAAAUGUAUCGAAAUUAAGCAAAUAAUUAUGAUUUAUUAUUCUAUUUAUUGCUAUAUUGUUAAAGCACAUGAAAAAAGAGGAAUAAAAUAUUAUGGAAAUGACAACUUUUUGUUCUAUACCUUUAGCUCCGAUUCUUCAAAAAAAUAUAAUUUACAUAAUGAUAAAUUUGAUGAUUUUGUGAAGGAAGAAAAUGUAGAAUCACAAUAUACUGAAUACAAUGAAGCUGCUAUUACUAGCACCAUCAGUGCAUCCAAUAAAGUAAUUGAACCUCCUGUAGAAUUAUCCAUUUUAAAAAAAGAAUGUUUCAAUUAUUUAUAUAAAUUUACAGAUAUAAUAUUUUCAAGGAAAGAAGAAAUCGAUUCGAUGCAAGGUUUAUCUAAUUUUUUAUUUGCUCUUUCUAACAGUAUAAACAAUAUAUCAAAAAAGGAUUACGACUAUUUUUAUAAAAAAUUUUGGUCUAUAUUUAAAUUAAAAGGUCAACAAUAUAUACAUUUAGAAGCAAUUGUUCAAAUAUUUUUGUCUCAUUAUAGAAAUAAUAUAUUUCAUCAAAACCUAAUGAUAUAUUUAUUGAAUGUAUUAAUUUCUUCUAUCAAUGUUGAUAUUCACAAUUUGAGCACUAUCCUAUAUAUAUCUUAUCAUUUUAAUAUUAUAAAAAAACCACUAUUUGAUUUCACUAUACAUAAAUUAUUUAAAGAAAUAAAAUCUAUUGAACAAAUGAAAACAGUAAAACUAGAAAAUAUUAACAAUUUGGGGGACAUUGAUAUGGUACAAAUUACUACUCAGCAUAACAUCGAUACCCCUCCGAAACUUGGGAAUAAUAUAAACAACAGAUAUUGUAAUAUUUGUAAAGGUAAGGGUUCAGAUCAAGUCAAUUUUGGGGAACAAUCUUAUAACAACGCCGAAUCCUGCCUUAUAGAAGGAUGGCAAUUCAGGAAUGUACCUAAUAACUUUUCAAAUGAAUGCAAUAAAGAUUUGGAGAAAACAUUACUAAAAUGCGUUUGGUCACUAUCAUUAUGUAAUUGGUUUCUUGAAAGCCAUUUAAUUACCUUUUUAAAAAUGUGCAUAUUAUUAAAAAAAAUAUUUAAAUAUAAAAAAUUCUUAAAAGAUGAAGAAUAUAAUAUGAUAUACCAAAUAUCGCUUAGCCUAAAUUUAUAUUAUAAAAAAAAUAAACGUAUUUUUGUUUUAAAUAAAAAUAAAAUAACUACUAAUAUACCUAUUACCUUUUUUAUACCAUUUAAUAUAAUAAAAGAGUCUAUAAGGCGAAAAUUUACAUUGGGAAGCAAACAAACCAAUAUAUCCAGUUUUCAAUAUAAAAUUUCUAGCUAUUUUAAUAAAAAAAAAAUUAUGCACAAAUCAGAAUAUUCAUUGAAACAUGGUUUAAUUGUCGAUUUUUUAGUUUUCAAAAAUGAUAAUCCAUAUUUAUUAAUAGAGAUAGAUGGUAUAUAUCAUUACAACAUUUCAAAUGACCCUAGCAAAUAUGAAAUUAUAUAUAAUGAUAUGCCAUUAUUAAAAAAUGGAAAAACAAUAUUUCGAAAUAAUGUGCUAAAUAUUUUGUAUAAUUAUAAAUUUGUAGAAAUACCGUGGUUUUCCCUUUUACAAUCUAGAUCAAUUAAGAAGUUGGAAAAGUAUAUUCAAUAA